AUGAAUAUCGGCAACCCACUCUAUUCUAUCGUCAACAAGCUGCGGGACACCUAUACCCCCGUCAGCAACACCUCGACCUUCCGAAAGACCGGCCAGAUCACCCCGGAAGAGUUUCUCGCGGCCGGCGACUACCUCGUCUUUAAGUUCCCAACCUGGUCCUGGGCCGACGCCGAGCCGUCGUCGAAGCGCGUCAGCUACCUGCCCGCCGGCAAGCAGUUCCUAGUCACGCGCAACGUUCCCUGCCAGAGGAGGUUAGAUGCCGACUUUGCGGGUGAUGCCGGGCACGAGGAGGCGCUUGUGAACGACGGCGAUGACUUCCAGGGCCAAAAGGGAGGGGAUGAGGACGGCUGGCUGCGGACAGGCGGCCUGUCGAGCAGCCAGCCCUUGAAGGUUAAGGAGAUCAGGACGGUGGACGACGCUGGCAAUGUCGGCGAUGGGCAGGUCGUGGAGGAUGAUGAUGACAUCCCGGACAUGGAGGAUGAGGAUGAUGACGAGGCGAUCAUCCGGGACACAGAAGGCGAUGGCCUCAACAGUGGCCGUCGUACGUAUACCCUUUACAUCAUGUACUCGCCCUACUAUCGCACACCAAGGCUCUACAUGUCCGGCUACUUGCCCAACAGCCAGCCGCUGCCACCACACCUGAUGAUGGAGGAUAUAGUGGGCGAUUACAAAGACAAGACUGUGACGCUAGAGGACUUCCCCUUCUUUGCCAACAACAUCAAGAUGGCCUCGGUACACCCGUGUAAACAUGCCUCGGUCAUGAAGACGCUCCUGGACCGCGCGGACGCAGCGCUCAAGAUCCGGCGGGACAAGCUCAAGGCUGGCACGGCCUCGGGCUCUGUGGACAGGGGCAUGGAAGGCCUGGUAGACGAGAUCAAUAAGCUCGAUGUGAGCGGCGCUGCGUCCGACGCAGCGGAGAGCAAGGGGAGCGGGGACGAGUGGGAAGAGGUUGGGCAUGACACGGAUGACGAGGUCGCCAUCCGGGUAGACCAAUACCUGGUGGUGUUCCUGAAGUUCAUCGCCAGCGUAACACCAGGCAUCGAGCAUGACUUCACCAUGGGUGUUUAG